CUCUUCGUCAUCUUGCGGAUGCGGUGAUAGCUUUCUUUUCGCCUUUUUGGUUAUAACUUUUACAUUUAUUUUAUUUUUUUCUCAGGAGCGGGGGAUCUACCACACGCCAGCAUGUCAAGUAAAAAGGCCAAGGGGAAGAACACCAAGAAGCGUCCUCAGCGCGCCACCUCCAACGUGUUUGCUAUGUUCGAUCAGUCUCAAAUCCAGGAGUUCAAAGAGGCUUUCAACAUGAUUGACCAAAACCGCGAUGGAUUCAUUGACAAAGAGGAUCUUCAUGACAUGCUCGCCUCAUUAGGUAAAAAUCCCACUGACGAGUACCUGGAGGCCAUGAUGAAUGAAGCCCCGGGGCCGAUUAACUUCACCAUGUUUCUGACCAUGUUUGGAGAGAAGCUGAACGGCACAGAUCCCGAAGAUGUGAUCCGAAAUGCUUUCGCCUGCUUUGAUGAAGAGGGCACAGGUAUGAUUCAGGAGGAGUACCUGCGCGAGCUGCUCAUUACAAUGGGUGACCGGUUUACCGAUGAAGACGUGGAUGAGCUUUUUCGCGAGGCGCCGAUUGACAAGAAAGGCAACUUCAACUACGUGGCGUUCACACGUAUUCUAAAGCACGGUGCAAAGGACAAGGACGAUUAGUGACGAACACUGUACCGUACGAGCUUCUUACUGUACUUAACGCUUAAAAUUUAAUUUAAAUCGGCUAUAUCCAGUAGUUUGGCUCCUUAAAAAGCUUCACUGUGGUUUAUAGCCUUGUAUAAGCUGCUCUGUGGAUCUGGGUCUCUCUCCCCUUUCCAACUUUUAUUAUUAUUUUUUAAUUCAAAGCUUAUUUGCACAUAUUUAAAAAGACACCACUACAAAGUCUGUCCAAGACACGAAAAGCUGCAAAUAAAUGGACACAAAAUGUUUUAUUCUGACUGAAUUAGUUGUUUUGUUGGAAAUGUGAAGUUGUGAGAUUAAAUUGUGUUCCGAGAUAAAA